CAAAUUUCGUAAUUAAAAUAGGCUAUUUAAAAUAAAUAACGUUCCUUCAAUGUUUACAGUUAAACUAAUAUAACCUGGUGGAAAUUUUAAAUUAACAGACGCCCAUUAUAAAGCCCACUCAGCUUUCCCAGCAGCCAUGAACGUCUGAUAGCAUAAAGGUGAUAUGUGGCAGCGGCUAUUUAAGCUAGCUUGUACAGCUCAAGGCUGUUGGAAGAUGCUUUUGAAAUCAGGAACACAGCAAAAUUGGUAGGUGGUGACAAGUGACAAAACCCAGCCUACCCACCUGCCAACCAGCGAGCCUGGCCCUUGUUUACCUGCUCCUCAGGUAGUUUGUAAGCAGGUAAGGUUGGGGGGGCGGGGUCAGGGCCUCACACGGGAUAGGAGAGAUGCCUGUGGAGGGCGGAAGCAGCAGUGGCUCGGCUUCGGCCGCACGUCACCCCAAGCAGAAGCGCAAGGCACACAGUUUGUCCAUCCGGCGCACCAACAGCACAGAGGAGCGGCCACCGGGCAUCCUGAGAGGAGACAUGCUGGAGGGACAGGACUCCAAGCUGCCCCUCGGCUUGCGGAACAACCUCCUUGACCUGUUUGGCCAGAUCGAACGGGAAUUUGAGAAUCUGUACAUCGAAAACCUUGAAUUGCGCCGGGAAAUCGACUCUCUCAACGAGCGUCUGACUGGAGAUGGGCAGGCCAUCGAGGGGGGAGACCCCUCCAAGGGAGCCCUCAAAGCCAAAGCCAGCCACAGCACCAGUCAGCUGUCACAGAAGCUGAAGACAACCUACAAAGCCUCCACCAGCAAGCGCUUGUACGCUUUCCAGGACAAAAUAGGCGGAGCUCGCAACUUCAGCGUGCCCACCUGGGAGUUGUGGGGCGGAGAUUCAUGGAUCGUCUCCAGCUUCAAAGCCACCACCGGCUCCCGUGCCCUGUGCCAGCUGCUCAAGGAGUACAUCGGCCACCGGGACGGCAUCUGGGACCUCAGCGUCACCCGGACUCAGCCCGUGGUGCUGGGCACCGCCUCUGCCGAUCACUCAGCUCUGCUGUGGAGCAUAGAGACGGGAAAAUGUCUGCUGAGGUAUGCAGGCCAUGCAGGAUCAGUCAACUCCAUCAAAUUUCACCCCACCGAGCAGAUGGCACUCACAGCCUCCGGAGAUCAGACGGCUCACAUCUGGCGCUACAUGGUGCAGCUCCCGGCGCCGCAGCCGCCACCAGAUGUCAGCGCUCCGUGCGACGACGACCAGGACUCAUCCGACAGAGAAGAGGGCGAGGUGGACGGAGACGGCCCCUCUGAGGUCCCCACGGUCCGCGUUGCCACAGCAACCCUGAAGAGCCACCAGGGCGUGGUGAUCGCAGCCGACUGGCUGGUGGGAGGCAGGCAGGUGGUGACGGCUUCGUGGGACCGCGCCGCCAACCUGUACGAGGUGGAGACGUCCGAACUGGUUCACACUCUGACCGGCCAUGACCAGGAGCUGACCCACUGCUGCACCCACCCCACCCAGCGCCUGGUGGUCACCUCAUCCAGGGACACCACCUUUAGACUGUGGGACUUCAGGGACCCGUCCAUCCACUCUGUCAACGUCUUCCAGGGACACACAGACACCGUGACGUCCGCCGUCUUCACCGUGGGGGACAACGUCGUCUCUGGAAGCGACGACCGCACCGUGAAGGUGUGGGACCUGAAGAACAUGCGAUCGCCCAUAGCAACCAUCCGUACCGACUCAGCUGUCAACAGGAUAAGCGUCUCGGCCAACCAAAGGAUCAUCGCCCUGCCGCACGACAAUCGACAAGUCCGCCUGUUUGACAUGAGCGGGGUGAGGCUAGCCCGACUUCCACGCAGCAACCGGAUGGGUCAUAGGCGAAUGGUGUGCUGCACAGCAUGGAAUGAGGAGAACCAGGCGUGCAACUUGUUCACCUGCGGCUUCGACCGGCAGGCCAUCGGCUGGAACAUCAACAUCCCCGCCCUGCUUCAGGAGAAGUGACCCAUCCAGACCCUGCCCUUUUUAUUUAGCAUGGACUGUGAUUCGUGCCAUUUCUGUGUGGAACUACAUGUUUGGUUUUGUGUGUGUGUGUGUGCAGGCGGUCACUCAUGUCACCGUUUUCCGUUUUUCUUUUUAGUCAUUGCCAAAUAGCUUCUUCUGCAUGCUAGACGACCUCGGUUUGCAGACGCUGCUUCAAAAGCAGUCGGAGAACAAUCUGUAGAGUAUGUAUAUAAGAUGUUGUGGCCUGAUUAAGUGACAGAUUCAGUGUCUUAGCCGCCUUCUGGGAGGUGCAGUUUGUUAAAUAUGGCAGAGCUGUGAGAUGUUUUUAUCCUUCUGGAGCGUUUCCUGUCACAGAACCAAACAUAUCGCGACGUACGUCUGCCACGUCUUAAAACGGAGAGCUCAGCAGACGGAGAUCCGGAUCCCCGCCUCCUCUCUUCAGUUCAUGGUUAGCCUUCGUGUUUCCAGAUCUCACUUUCUGUUACUUGCCUUGUUCUACGUUUACAUAGGAGAUUUUUUAAAUGUAUAGAGAAAGAUUUAUUCUGGCAGGAUGAAGAGGUGUUGAAGAGCGACGCAAUAAUGGAGAAACGACGGCACUUAACCAGUCCACAAAUCCUCCAGCUGCCUGUGAAAGUCAUUAGAAAACCCAACGUGUUGCUGUUCUAGAGGCCCACAUAAGUUUGCGUACGGUCAUGCAGUACAGUGGGAUGAAGGGUUUUUAAAAACAACAAUUGGCUGUGCUAGCUUGAAUUUACAGAGAGUUUUCAAUGUCGUCUACGUUGGCAGAUGGAUAGUUUCCUGGCAAAAACUGCAUUGAAGCAGGUCAGGGACAGAGGUUUGACUUGUUUGUACAUCAGUCAGCUCUAUCCAGUCAUCUGAUCUGAACACUCGGUUGUAUCCAAGUUGAGCCAAAUCUUCACCAUCUUGUGGAAGGAAAUCGGCCAGAAUGUUGAAGAACAACCCAACGAGGCCCAGGCAUCCGCGCCUCCGUCCACAGUGAUGUUAGUUUGAUAUCGGUGGCCAUUGACGAUGAAAGCAGCCACAGAUACACUCAGAUAAGUCGCAGGUUGAGGUGAAACGUAUUUGGUGGACUCAAAGGCUUGAACAUCAGCUCAACAGUGUCUUCCUCGAAACAUGGACACGUCGACCCUAAUCUGUGCUUAAAGCUGCAGUAUAUGUACCGAUUUAUUU